UCCUCAUUACUCAAUACCCAGUCUAAAAUAGCCUGCUCUCUCGUUGGUUCCUCUACAUGUUGAUUUAGAUAACUAUCCUGCAUACAUUCCAAGAAAUGCUCUUCCUCAGCACCCCUGCCAAUUUGAUUCACCCAAUCUAUAUGUAGAUUGAAGUCACCCAUUAUAACUGUUUUGCCUUUGUCACACGCAUUUCUAAUUUCCUGUUUGAUACCAUCUCCAACUCCACUACUACUGUUAGGUGGCCUGUACACAACACCCACCAGCGUUUUCUGCCCCUUAGUGUUUCGCAGCUCUACCCAUACCGAUUCCACAUUCUCCAAACUAAUGUCCUUCCUUUCCAUUGCGUUAAUCUCCUCUCUAAUCAGCAACGCUACCCCACCUCCUUUUCCUUUCUCUCUAUCCCUCCUGAAUAUUGAAUAUCCCUGGAUGUUCAGCUCCCAGCCUUGGUCACCCUGGAGCCAUGUCUCCGUGAUCCCAACUAUAUAUUAGUCAUUAAUAACUAUCUGCACAUUUUAUACAACGGAGUAAACAACGAUGUAUCACGCAGGUAUCGGACCACAACUUAAUCUCAUCACACAGGACACAACUUAAUCUCAUCAUACAGCGACCACAACUUAAUCUCGACACACAGGGUACAAGGUACAAACCCACAGCCAGCACAUAAUGUCAUCCCAAGAUAGACUUGCCCAUACAUGAUUCUUAAAGGUACAGUCGAGGGGAAUAUCCUGCCAAUGAUAGCCAUGCCUAAUCCAGGAGGAGCAGCCUUGCUGAUACAUGUAUAUCAGACGUGGACACUCAAGGAUAUUCAGAAGGCAGUAGAAGGGAUAACACACCCCAAAGAGAGUUUCACAAGGUGGCAACGGGAUUUUGGAAACCUGGUCGUGAGUUAUCGGUUAAACUGUGUUGAAUAUGAACAAGCCUUGCAAAGUAUGUUCGGUUUUGAUUGGUGUUUGAUAGAAGGGGAUUGGAACGCCCAGGAUUGCAUUUCGAAUGGGAGCAUGAUGAUAAUGUUUACCAACAAAAGAGAAUAGCUAUGGAAGGGCAUGUAAGGGAGCAUUACUGAAAAAUGGUUGACUAUAAUAAAAUAAAAGAAUGUGUGCAGACAAAGGAUGAGGAUGUGCGCCACUAUUUCGCCAGAUUGAGACAAGUAUUCGAAGCAAAUAGCGACACAGUGGCGCCCGACCAGUGGGUGGAUGAUGGACCAUUCGCCCAACAACUAACAAUAGAAUUAUUAAACGGCAUGCGGCCAGAAAUAAGCUUGUACAUUAAGAAGCACACGGUGGGCUACAGACCGGAGGGUUAAGGCAAUUUAAGGACUGGGCAGUACAUGAGGAAGAAAAAUGCAAAAAGCAGAAAAACCACAGCCAAACAAGUUUAUCUGGCGGAAGUAAUAGAAGAGAAGACGGGCUAUGGAGGAAUGAUGAGGGGAAACUAAUCUUACCAAGAUCACUAUUUAAAUAUGCAUGUUUAAUGAGCCAUGGGGUAACCCAUGUCUCAGCAGGAGGAUUGAUACAGGUAGUGGACAAAAUAUUCAAAACAUAUGGCUACAAGUAGAGCGUGAAAAGCUAAAAAGUGUGGAUCAGGAGAAAAGUCGUCAAUUACAUGGAUUAACCAUCAUGCAGGAUCGGCCAGAGCAAGCUAGGCUGGACCUCAAAGGACUUGAAGAGACUGUGGCAAAAGAGUUGCAGACACCCCAUAAUCUUAGGAAGCUUUUUGUUCAAGACUUGGCCACGAGAGUCAAAAAGAGUGCGGAAAUGGAUUCUGACGAUACUGGUGGGAGCGCUGCACAGAAGCAGAAGAUCUCCUUUGAAAACAACCUUGAACAGCUCAACAAGGUUCACAAGCAGUUGGUACGCAACAAUGCAGACCUUCGGUGUGAGCUUCCAAAGCUGGAGAAACGUCUCCAAGCUACAGCUGAAAGGGUCAAGGAUUUGGAGUCCGCAUUGAAGGAAGCGAAGGAGAAUGCAGCUCGAGAUCGUAAACGCUACCAGCAGGAAGUGGAUCGCAGCAAGGAAGCUGUGCGAGCAAAGAACAUGGCGAGGAGAGUACACUCUGCACAGAAUGCUAAGCCCAUUCGUCCUGGUCAACCCCCAAUCCAUGUGCAAUUCGUAGGGGAGGUGGAUUCUCCCAGAACAGCCAAGCGGUUGCUGUACGUGGAGGUGGUGGAGGUGUAAAAUCAGAUAAGUUUGUCCCUGGAGGGGUACUGAAAUCAGAGAUAUUGGGUUCUUGCCUACAUCUGUUAAGGAUACUUUAAGCAACAACAUAAUCAAAGCGCAACAGAUAUCAUCCAACAACCUCAUCAUUCCAAGAUAGUGUGAACUCUGCAACUUAAACUUUUCACGGGAAUAUUUUUGGAAGAAUAAAACAAAACAAAACAAAAAAAAACUGGCCUGUACAGCUACAUCCUUGCAAAAUCUAAAUGCAAUGUCAGCAUCUUGCAAAUACUACAUGUGAUUUAUUGUGUAGCUUCAUUGGACAGUACAUUGUCAUUCAUGUCUUAAAUUUAGUCUGCACUGUGCCAAGUUGAAUGUACGUCGUUGCAGGAAAACCUUCGCAGAAAAUUGAAACCUAAUUUGUGUAUAUUUCAUUGUUUUAGGAUUUGUGAAACAAUGUCUUCAAGUAGAUUUGCUAAGCUUGUUUUACAAUGGGGGUAAAAUGAUUUGGAGGAACCCAGCUAUAACCCUUGUGUAAAUUAAGACAGUACUUGAAGUUUUCUUGAAAUGUGAUUUUAUCUUGGUUUACGAUGAAGAGAAGUACAAUUUGAAUACUGAAGGUGGAUUUAUGACUGUGGUUAGCGCAGAGAACAGAAAAAGCUGCUAAUAAAACACUGGAAUGUUUGAUGAGAUUGCUUAACAUGAAAAUAUUGCAUUGUCUGACUAACAUUUGGGACGAGCAGAUUAAACUAUGCUGAAAGCAUAUUGCUGACCAUAGUAUAGUAUAGUAUAGUAUAUCUUUAUUGUCAUGUUCCUGAGUACUCACAUACCCAGAGGAAACAAAAAAACGUUGCUCAACCAGUGUCCAUUCAGUGUGCAGUAAAAAAUAAAUAGAAAUAAAAAUACAUAUAUCAUGAACAAAUUAAACACUCUACUCUCUACUAAACAUCAACAGGCGUUCCGAUCGGCAGCGGCACGACAGUGGCUCUGCUGCAGUGUGUCCAGGUUGGUGGUUGGUGCACGAUACUUUGGCAGGGGGCGAAGUCCGUUUAUCAGUCUUAUAGCCUGCGGGAAGAAGCUGAGGAGCAUCCUGCUGGUUUUGCAGCUAAUGCUCCUGUACCUCUUCCCAGAUGGCAGGAUGGAGAAUAUGUGAUGCGAUGGGUGGUAGGGGUCUUUGAUGAUGGAGAUGGCUCUGCUGAUACAUCUCUUCCUGUAUAUGUCCAGCAGGAAAGGGAGUGGAGCACCA